AGUGUUUACGACAACUGAUUGCGAACGAUCGAAUCCGCGGAUGACCCGAGUGUUUCGCGUAUUAUUAACGCGAUCCUCCCUCCGGUGCAGUGUCUUCUUUAUCUUUGAAUCGUGCGUCGUGGGUCCGUUCGUUUCGCGUUUAAACAAAGGCAAGUGUACGGUCGAUCCGGCCAGUGAAACGUGUGCCCUAAUCUCGAAAGUUUGGGAUCAGGUGGUGGAUUUGUCGUUGAUACGGGAGUGCUUUCGUAGCGGAUCACUGGAAUAUUGCAGCGUUCGUCGUUAUCCCAUGAGGGGAUGAGCACUGGCGUGGGAGAUGGAGGUGGAGGCGGCGUUGGCGGCGUGCAGGGCAGCGGCGGCGGCAAGAACACACCGCCCCAUGGAUCGCCCACCCCCAUGGACAAGGCGACCCUCAAGGUCCAUCUGCCCAACGGUGGUUUCAACGUCGUCAAGUUCGGCGACGCCAUCGACGUGAGAGGCAUCAUCUCUCUGGUGACCAGUCGAUUGGCAGUUGGCACGAGGCACUAUCGAAAUCUCUACGCCAUGAGGCUGCAUCAUCCCGGAUCGGGAGAGAGCUACUGGUUGCACCAAGACACCACCAUGUACCAGGUUCAAGAGAAGUACGAGAAGAAACACCCCCAUUGCGAGUGGAGGUACGAGCUGAGGGUACGGUACCUACCGCAGAACCUGAACGACCUGUACGAGAAGGAUAAAGUGACGUUCUAUUACUACUACGAUCAGGUACGAAACGAUUAUCUGUGCGCGAAUCACGCGGCCCUGGACCAGGACGUGGCGGUUCAGCUGUGCUGUCUGGAGAUUCGUUACUUCUUCAAAGACAUGCCGCAAAUGGCGCUCGACAAGAAGAGCAAUCUCGAGUACCUGGAAAGAGAGGUCGGUCUGCACAAGUUUUUACCGCGAUCCGUGCUGAACGGAAUGAAACCAAAGGCGCUGCGCAAGCUGAUACAGCAGCAUUUCAAGAAGGUGGCCGCGCAGUCGGAACUGGAAUGCAUGUUCAAGUUCUUCGAUCUCCUGAGGGCGCACUACAGAUUCGACCAAGAGAGGUUCAUAUGCGCUCUGGGGUCGAGCUGGUCUAUACCCGUGGAACUAGUCAUCGGGCCGGAUUUAGGCAUAUCUUACAUGGCCCACAGGGGUGGAACGGUGCCAACGAGAAUGGCGGAGUUCUCCCAGAUACAGUCCAUACAGACGCUAGCGUCCGACUGCAAGGAACACGCGAAGGCGUGCAUCAAGUUGAGGGUGGCCGGGGCGGCGGAAACGCUCAGCAUAACGUGCUCCAGUCUCGAUCAAGCGGAGAGUCUCGCCGAUCUCAUCGAUGGAUACUGCAGGCUGGUCACCGGAAGCAACACCUCGUUGUGGAACAGAAAAGCUGCAUCGUGGAAAAACUAUCCCUGUCCAUGCAAAGACGCCCAUCCGCCCAAGUACAGACAAGACGGCACCAACAGUCCGGAGAAGAACGUCAGCAAAACGGGGACCAUAUUGUCCGAGGACUACGCGGAGAUCGUGGACGAGGAGGGAGACUAUUCGACGCCAGCCACUCGAGAUUACGAGAUAGUGAGGAACCAAGUGGAGCUGGGCGAAAUAAUCGGCGAGGGUCAGUUCGGGAACGUGCACAAGGGUUCGUACAAGGGCAGGGACAACCAGACCAUAGCCGUAGCCGUGAAAACCUGCAAAGUGGACGCGGAUCUCGCGACAUCGGAGAAAUUCCUCGAGGAAGCCUACAUAAUGCAACAGUUCGAGCACCCUCACAUCAUACGACUGAUCGGUGUAUGCUCGGAAGCACCGAUUUGGCUGGUGAUGGAGUUGGCCAGGUUAGGCGAGAUGAGAGCUUAUCUGCAAUCGAACAAACAGCGUCUGGACCUAGCCACGCUGUUGCUUUACACGUUUCAGCUGAGCACCGCCUUGUCGUACCUCGAGAGCAAGAAAUUCGUGCACAGAGAUAUCGCCGCGAGGAACGUGCUGGUGUCCGCCCACAAUUGCGUGAAAUUGGCAGAUUUCGGGCUGAGCAGAUGGGUGGAGGAUCAAAGCUACUACACGGCCAGCAAGUGCAAGUUACCGAUCAAGUGGAUGGCCCCGGAGAGCAUCAACUUCCGGAGAUUCACCACGUCUUCCGACGUCUGGAUGUUUGGCGUGUGCAUGUGGGAGAUUUUGAUGCUGGGCGUGAAGCCGUUCCAAGGUGUGAAAAACAACGAGGUGAUCCGCAAGCUCGAGAACGGGGAGAGACUGGCGCUGCCCAAUCACUGCCCCCCGCGAUUGUAUUCACUGAUGUCUCAGUGCUGGAGUUACGAGCCUAGCAAGCGACCAACGUUCAAAGAAAUCAGGGAAACGUUGCAUGAGAUUCUGUUGGAAGAGAAACAUCAACAGCAGGAAACGAUGAAACGAGAAAACAGGAGAGUUCAAGCCAUGUCUUGGGGUGCAGACGACGUACCGCCGCCGAAACCAUCGAGGCAACCGCAAAACACGACGGACCAAUCUCAGCUAACGGCCGCGGCGCCUGUUUCCACCUAUAUCGUGGCUCAAAGCCCCGAGGUUCUCGCGCAACUUCUCAAGGACAAUCAAACCAGGGGGGUAUGUCCCUCCGUGUACACGACACCCGCCUCCCCCUUCAACACCUUGGCGGUGCAGUUCCAAGACGAAGACCAAGUCUUGACCACCGCCCUGGUCUCCGACCUGCCCUUCUUCGAUCCGACCAUCUCCGAACCGUCCGCCUCCCACGACACCCAUUCCGGGGACUCGACCCUAUCCGACACGAACCUGGACUCGCUCGAGUCCUCGGACGUUCCGUCCCUCGUGUCCAGCCUGAACAUUUCAGAGACUGCACAAGCCCAAUCACCCGCUGCUAGCAAAAAGCAGCAGAAGGUUAAAGAGAUGCAAAAUUUGUACGCGGUCAGCUCGAAAGUGGUCGGUAGCAUUACAGGCGAUCUUUACUCGCCCGUGCAGAAGUUCACAGCGUCGAGCGGCGUCCCGGUGACGACCGCCGCGUCCGGCUGCGGCGAGAUCUACGGCCCGGUGGCCAAUUUCACCCAGAGCUCCGCCAUCGUCGGCAAUCUGAGCCAGAGCCCGAGCGUGGGCGGUAACUUCGGCGAGAAUCCGGGCAACUUCGGGCCCGGCAGCCUGAACAAUAUGGCGUCGGUCGGUCAGCCUCAGAUCGCCACCAGUUACAGUCAAUUCCCCGGCGCUGGCGCGGGUCAAGUGUUCGGUGUAGGUCAACCGGUCGGUCAGAGUUCACGCGCGACCGUCGGUUCGUCCAACGCUAACGUGCCCACGUCCAACGCGGAAUGUCUGUACGGUCCGGUGCUCAAGUUCCGCGCGCAGAACGCGCCCGACCCGAUGUCCGCGAACGCGCCCGUCGUCGGCUGCGUCCAGAAUCCGCGAGGGAACGUGGCGCACGUCGCGACGACCGGGCAGAGUCUGCAGCCUCAGCCGAUGAUGAUGCACGCCCAGAAUUACCAACACCAGCAGCAAAUCUAUUCGAACAUCAGUCAUCCGGGGCCGCAGACGGUGUACCUGUCGCAGUCCCAGCACGCCCAGAACAUCCAACGUCAGAGCAAUCCCGUGCACUCGGCUUCUUACGUGACGGCGCAACACUCUGGCCAGCAGUGCCAGCCGAGCGGCGCCAACCCGAUUUACACGGGCCACGCGACCUCCGUCACGGUGGUGCAGUCGCAGAAGGUGCAUCCGGGUCACGCGUACGCGCAACAGAUCCAACAGACUGGAAUAGCCAGUCACGUGGCCAGCUCGCAAUCGUCCAACGUGAAUCAGCAAUUGUCGUUCGGCGUGCUGGGCCCGGGUCAUCCGGUACAGCCGCAACCGUCCACCGGUAUGCAGCAUCAGCACCACGUUCAUCCGUGCACGUCUAGCUACGUGGUCGUCGGCCAACAAUCGAGCGUCGCCGCUCAGUGCAACGUUACGAAUCCGGUAACGAGCGCGUCGAACGCCACGCAGUAUCUCGCCUGCCAGCCGGGAAUCGUUAAGACUAGCGCGCCCCAGCCGGCGACCGGUGUCGCGAAAAUCACCACGUACGUAGCGCAAAAGCAAGACGAACAGCUGACUAGCUCCACAGACGGUACGCUCUCCGGAUCUCUGAUAUCCUCCGCUGUCAGCGACAGCACGAUGUCGUCGAGCAGCUCGAUGACAGAGGAGGCGCAUCAAGACCAGAGAGCUGUGCAAUCACAGCUGUUGGACAGCGUUACAGAAAACUUCAACAGCGGCAUCGACGACGAACAAAAGCUGCUUGAACAGCGGCUGUUGCAACAGCAACGCCAGUCGGAAGAGGACAGUCGCUGGUUGGCUAGAGAAGAGAAACGUUUAUCUAUCGCGACAAGCGGCGAUGAAAGUGCCAGUCCUCCGGUUCCUCGUUCAGUCACCCAAUCACCAAAUCAUGAACAGCACAGCACCAAUACUGGCUCAUUGGGUUCUGACAAGGGCACUGAUAAAGUGAUCGUUGUGAAGAAAAUGGAGCCUACUCCAACCGCGGAUUUGGACAGAACCAACGACAAAGUAUACGAUUGCACUACGAGUGUCGUCCGUGCCGUAAUGUCUCUGUCUCAAGGCGUUCAACAAAGCAAAGCUGAACAAUACUUGGAACUAGUACGGAAAGUAGGCAUCGAGUUGAGAACACUCCUAUCGUCCGUGGACGCUCUGAUGGACAUAUUACCCAUAUCUGCUCAUCGAGAAGUAGAAAUGGCGCAUAAAGUUCUCAGCAAGGACAUGGCGGAACUGGUGACCGCCAUGAAACAGGCUCAGAAGUACAGCGCUACUACUUUGGACGCGGAGUACCGAAAACGAAUGUUAUCGGCAGCUCACAUCUUGGCAAUGGACGCGAAGAACUUGUUAGACGUGAUCGACUCGAUACGCAUUCGCUAUCCGUACGUGGACAAUCAGAUUUGCCAAAAGCAAAACGACGUUAGCGUCCCGCAGGAAUCUGCACCGGAAGGUCGUAUCCGUUCCAGCCAGUCUGGCGAACAGUUUCUAAGAAGAAGUCAGUCGACCGAACGCCAAGGCACCACGUUCAGACAGAGCCAAAGCGGCGACCUUCUUCACAGAAUGGGCCAGUCGGUCGAUCGUUCUCUGCAGGAUAGCCAAAGCGACGUUAGCAGCGGCUCCAGCCUCGAGCGAAGGCAUCCUAUUGUCACGAACAGUCUCGAACGUAAUUCGACAACACGACGACAGAUGGCGACGAAUAGCUUAGAAAGAAAAAGACCAUCGUUAUCGUGUAAUAUCAGUCCUAUGAAUAAUUCGGUGAAUCUGCCGCCAAUGGUGCCGGUUACCUGUAAUUUAGUCCAAACAGUAGGACCUGUAAUUCAUCCAAGUCAGACAGUCGCGACAGGUAUUAGUCAACAAUCGGUGUUUGGUUCUAACAAUAAAACGCCAAACGAAACUGCGACAAGUGAUAGCUAACAACGAGGUGCCUUGUAUUAAGGAAUACUUCGAAGAGAUAUUAGUUUGUAUGUACAUAGACGACAUCGUACAAGUUACCCGUCUACAUCUCGCGCAUGACUCAGCAGCAGGAGAUUUAGUAUUUGUGCUUUAUAGCUCUUUUUAACACUAUACAGACUUGGUCUAAACGUACUUAUAGAUAGGACAGUAUUCGUUAGAUGUAGCAGUAGAGGAAUUAUCAUUAAAAGUAAGUCACAGCUAUAAAGAAAAUCACUCCAAAGCUUUAGAAUUAUUGUUAAUUUGUUAUUGUAUAACAACCGCGUAUAUAGGGUGACGCAAAAGGCACAGUCCUCAAACAGAGGAUUGUAAUCGCACUCAAUU